CCGUGCUGCCCCCUCACGGGGCGGGGUCACUCUUGUCCGGGUGCGGUACGUUCUUUAGUGCUGGAGGUCCUCAGGCUGGCAGUUAGUUGCUCUCCUUGGUGUUCUCAAAAAUUCCUGUGAACAUAGAAAGAGUUAGAUAUGCCUCACUUUGUACAAAAUCUUCGCAAUUUACUCAGUAACCAGCCGGAAGAGUUUGAACAAGUUGAGGAGGAGGAUGUUAGGAGUUGGGGGUUGACAGGUAUAAGUCUUCGUCCAUACCAACUUAUUGGUUUAAAUUGGCUGGUUCAGCGCUACAGUAUUCAACAUGGCAGCAUCCUCGCAGAUGAAAUGGGUCUGGGUAAAACAUGUCAGUCAAUAUGUUUUCUUCUCUGCCUAACUGGAAGACAAAAGGAGAAAGGUCCUUUUUUGAUCCUGUGUCCACUGUCAGUACUGAAGAACUGGACAGAAGAACUGGCAGGGUUCGCUCCACGACUUUCAGUGGUUGUGUACACAGGAGAUAAGGAUACAAGACAAGCUUUGCAACAAGACUUGAAAAAUUGCAAUUUCCAUGUACUUCUCACCACUUAUGAGAUUUGCUUGAAAGAUGCUUCUUUCCUGAGUAGACUGAAUUGGAGUGUGCUGAUUGUGGAUGAGGCCCACAGGUUGAAGAACCAGAACUCUUUACUACAUAAGACUCUGAAAUCGUUUUCAGUACGAUUCACACUGCUGCUAACUGGAACACCAGCGCAGAACAAUCUUUAUGAGCUCUAUUCGCUGCUAAGCUUUGUGGAACCAAAGGUGUUCUCGGGGGACGAGGUCGAUGAAUUUACUAAAUAUUACAGCAAUGUAGAAGAGGAUGCAGAAAAAGCUAAAGAGUUGCACAGACUUAUGCAUCCAUUCCUCCUGAGAAGAAUUAAAGCUGAUGUUGCUGCUGAGUUACCUAAGAGGAUGGAUAUUGUUCUGUAUCAUGGAAUGUCUGUACUGCAGAAAAAAUACUAUAAAGCCAUUCUAAUGAAGGAUUUGGAUGCAUUUGAGAAUGAAAUGGGCAAGAAAACUCGAUUGAUGAAUAUCUUAAUCCAACUCAGAAAAUGUGUUGAUCACCCUUAUCUUUUUGAUGGUAUGGAACCAGAACCAUUCCAGAUCGGGGAUCAUCUUGUGGAAGCAAGUGGUAAACUUCACUUACUGGACAAAUUACUCGCAUUUCUGCAUCCCAGAGGUCAUCGAGUGUUGCUGUUUUCUCAGAUGGCAAGCAUGCUGGAUAUCUUGCAGGAUUACAUGGAAUAUAGAGGUUAUAGCUAUGAACGCUUGGAUGGAUCAGUACGAGGAGAGGAGCGAUACCUUGCUAUCAAAAACUUUAAUCAACAAGAUAUUUUUGUUUUUCUUUUAAGCACCCGGGCAGGUGGUGUUGGAAUGAAUCUUACUGCUGCUGACACUGUGAUAUUUGUGGACAGUGAUUUUAAUCCUCAAAAUGAUCUCCAGGCAGCAGCAAGGGCCCACAGGAUUGGCCAGAAAAAGCCAGUCAAAAUUAUUCGGCUGAUUGGAAGAGACACCAUUGAAGAAUUGAUUUACAGACGAGCUAUGUCGAAACUGAAAUUGACAAAUGCUUUGAUUGAAGGUGGUCAGUUCUCUAUGAAGGAGAGAGAAGAAUCAUUUGCACCUUUUGAUAUGCAGUUAAGUGACAUCCUGAAAUUUGGUCUGGAUAAAUUACUGUCUACUGAAGAGAGCACUAUCGAAGAUAUUGAUAUGGAAAAUAUUCUAGGGGAAACCAGGAAUGGAUCAUGGAUCACUAAGGAGCAGCCAAUGCAGACAGUUGAAGCAGAUGAAGAGCCAGUGGGAACAAGCCACAUGUAUCAGUAUGAGGGGAAAGAUUAUUCUAAAGAACCCAGUGCAGCAGAUCAGAAAACCUUUGAGCAACUUCUGGACCUUCACAAAAUAGUACUUGAAGAAGCCAGUAAAGGAGGAAGAUCACUCCGCACAAAGUCUAAGGUCCUUCUGGCUGCUCCACUGGAUCUGACCAUGAAAAAAAAACGAAUACUAUCACCUGAAGAACUUGAGCAACGGCGUCAGAAACGUCAAGAGGCAGCAGCUAAACGUGCAAAAUUACUAUCUGAUAAGAAACAGCAGCGAGAAGAGGAAGAACACAAAAAAAAGAUGGCUUGGUGGGAAUCUAAUGGCUACAGAUCUCCCUGUCUUCCAUCAUUGAGUAGUGAGAGUGAUGAUGAAUCCGAGGAGGAUGGAAAUGACCUUCCCGGUGAUCUGGAUUCUACAGAUACAGAACAGACAUCCAUUCACUAUAUUCUUGGGGAUGUCACUCACCCAGUGGCUGCUGACAAAGAGGAUGCGAUAAUAGUGCACUGUGUUGAUGACUCUGGAAGAUGGGGAAAAGGAGGUUUGUUUACAGCUUUGGAAGCUAGGUCCAAUGAACCAAGAAAACAGUAUGGGCGAGCAGGGAAGAUGAAAGAUCUUUCUCUGGGAAGUGUUCUUCUAUUUCCCAUUGAUGACAAGGAGUCAAGAAAUACAGGACAAGACCUGUUAGCAUUGAUAGUUGCACAGCAAAGAGAUCGUUCCAACAAUCUUUCUGGAAUCAAAUUGACAGCUUUAGAAGAAGGACUGCAAAAACUCUACAGAGCUGCUAAGAGAAGGAAUGCAAGUGUCCAUCUCCCACGAAUAGGGCACACAACCAAAGGAUUUAACUGGUAUGGCACUGAAAGACUUAUUCGGAAGUACCUUUCCUUGAAAGGCAUAUCAACCUACAUCUACUACUUCAAAAGAUAUAAUGCAUCUUCUUCUGAAUCCUCCAAUUCUGCUGUCAAAAUAUCAAUGAAGCAGGAUAAAGCAAAUAGAAGUAGGACUGAGGGAGGUGCUGCAGGACAAUCAACAGAAAGUUUAGCUAUUCUACCAGAUUUCAUGUCUGGAGUGAGCGUUUACUUCUUCAAUAUAUCAGAAAAGAAGAGGCUAAGCCGUUAUUUGAUUACUUACAAUGGUGAUGUGGAUGAGAAUUUCUGUGCUGAAACCACUCAUAUUGUGGCACAAGUGGAUGGUUCUAGCCAAAUGCAGGAGUUACAGAGCUACCUACAGGAGAAUCCCACAGCAGUUGUUGUCCAAGCUCGAUGGCUUGAAGUUUGUUUCUCAAAACAGCAGAAGGUUGACACAUUUUUGUAUGAAAUUAAACUAAAUAACUCUCAGUGAAGGUUGCAUUUGCAAAAUUCAUUCUGACAGCACACUGAAACUACCAUACAAACAUGGGCAAAUAAUAUAUGUGGGUUUAGGUUAAGUAUGAUAAAGUAUCUGUUAUACAAAUGUUUUUCAGUUUAAUUUUUUCAAUUUUUUUUUACAUUAUAAAUAUGGUUUUGACACUGAGUACUCAUAUUUGACUUAUUUCUCAAUUUUUCUAAUGGUUUACUGUUUUGGUAUUAAAUUAGUAUUGAGACAAAAAUAAACUCAACUAAUAUUUUGCAAAUACAGAUGUAGAAAUUGCUGGAAAACCUAAGCAGGUCUGGCAGCAUUUGUGGAGAGAAAACAGAGUUAACAUUUCGGGUCGAAUGACUCUGCCUUAGAAGGGUCUGAAGAAGUUCUGAGGGAGGGUCACUCGACCCGAAGCAUUAACUCUGAUUUCUGUUCACAGGUGCUGCCAGACCUGCUGAGCUUUUCCAGCAAUUUGUUUUUGUUACUGAUUUAUAGCAUCUGCAGUUUUUUUAAGUUUUUAUUUAACAAAUACCUCCCCAAGUGGAGGCAUGAUGGUUAUGUACCACAUCUACCUAACAACCAAGAGGCUAUGAAUUAAGAUGCUACUGCAGCAAGUUGUGAAAUUAAAUUCACAAAAAUCAGUUUGAGAGUUAGCUGCAGAAAAAUGACCGUGAAAAAUGCUGUAUUUAUGAAAACCCAUUUGGAUGAAUCCUAUUCUUUCGGAUGCAAGAUGUAGUGUUGAAAUUACUUAAUGGUGCAGUCAUGAUAAUUGGAAAAAAAGGAUAGCAUUCAAAACACAAAUCAAUCAUGAUGUUUUUACUAGAUUUAAACAGUGAAGACCUCUUUGACAGUAUCCUGUUACACUACAGUUGGUUACAGAUAUAUUACAAGAAAUAUAUGAUCACACUGUAACAGUCAAUGUCUCUGCCAAUCAUACUUCUAGUAAUUGAUCAGGCUGCUUGGCCAAACAUGGAAUUACCUUUUUGCAACAAUUUUUAUUCCCUUUUCAAUGUGGCUUGAAUAUGUCACUGUCAAGGUGGUAUUGUCCUAUCCAUGUCAGCCUUAAGCUACUGAGAUAACAAGGUGUACAGCUGGAUGAACACAGCAGGCCAAGCAGCAUCAGAGUAGCAGGAAGGCUGAUGUUUCAGGCCUAGACCCUUCCGUCAGCCUUCCUGCUCCUAUGAUGCUGCUUGGCUUGCUGUGUUCAUCCAGCUCUACACCUUGCUAUCUCAGAUUCUCCAGCAUCUGCAGUUCCUACUGUCUCUGAAGCCUUAAGCUACUAUUGUCUAAUAAGACAUUGGGGUCUUUGUUCAAGCAACAAAUUUGACAUUCCUCAACAAUAGAAACAAUGUCAAAACCACCUUCAGCAAUUUCCCAUUUCUCAUGAACAUUGCAAGUUUCAAGUCUUUUAAGUUCCUAAUUCCUUAAAAACAAUUGGAAAAUUGAAACAAGGUCCACCUGACAAAUCAGAUGAAGUAAAUAUGGCUGCUGAUUUCUGUGAAUAAUGGAUAUAAUAAUGUCAUUCACUUUCAGCAUGUGUUCUCUCUUGCAAUUUUCAAAUACACUUGCAAUAUGAUGUCUCUAGGCUUUCAUGACUGUAGAACUUCUACAAAUUUCAGAGCUGAUAGAAAAGGAAAGCAUUGAUUUUAAAUGUUUGCUUACGGGUUUCAACCAUUUUACGACUUCGUGAGCUGUCUGUGUUUCACCAGUAAUUCUAUUUAUCUACUGUAUUGUUUAAUUUAAAUUAUCACUGUUCCCUGCCCCCCAUCCCACCCAGUUUGAAUAGCUGUCUCAACCACAAAUUUCGAUUAAAGAUUUGAAUAACCCAAAAUCUUUGCAGUGUUUUACAGGAGAAACCAUUCACCUCCACCUGGUCUGGCUUACACUUAAUUCUAGUUCCUCUGUCUUAGGGAGAAAUAUGAAAGGACAAGUAAAUGUAGCCAAUGUGAUAAAGACAUAUGAUAUAUAAUUAUUAUUUGGAAAUUUGGGUUUUUAAAUUAGAGACAGAUGGAGCUUGGCUUCAGCUCUGUUUUAUUUUAGAGGUCAGAAAGUCAUUUGGAAUAGUGAUCAAACAAAUCUUUUCCAAAAAACUAUUCAAUUAAGUGCCUAGUGAGAUAUCUGUGAUAUUAAUUGAUUAAAAGUUUAAACUGCUGAGUUUAUGAAAAACAGACCAGAUCAGUUUAGUUUGACUUCUGCUAGCAGAAGAACCUAGAUCAGUUCAGGAUAACAGUCAUGUUCAUGGAAUGGUUUUAGUUUGUAAGGUCUCCAAGCUGUGAAAGUUUGUACAGAGGUUUUCAAAUUGUCCGACUGAAAAGAGGUUUAGGCCAUCAGAACCGAAAGAACAUUUAGGCCAGUAGAACUAGCAAGAAAUCAUAAAACUGUCUCAGCAGUCCAGGAAAGAGUCAGUUCAGGAUGAAAGCAAAGAAUCAUCGUAGGAAUUAUAAUUCUCGGGGAUUUGAGUACUUGUAAAGGUAUGCUGAAAAACAGGUUGAACAGUGUAUGUUUUAAGAUCUUUCUGAAUUGUCUUUUUUCUUUACUUUUGUGUAAUAGUAUCAUGUUCUUUUGUUAACUGACAUUGGCAGCAAUAUGUGACCAUGUUGUGUCAAAACACCAUUGUAACCAACUGGAAAAAAUAAACUUAUGAUCAAUUAAA